GGUAUUUGUUUGUUGACUCACGGGAAUAGGCAAUAGCGAAGACGAGCACGUGACGUGGUUCAGUUGAGAAAACAUCACGGUGGUGUGUGAAUUCGAAUUGGAUCCACCGCAGCGCAACCUCAUAACUUCUGCUUAUCGCAUCUUCCACUAAACCAUGGACCUCGAUCCUCGUCAAUACGAAAACGUUGCUAUAAAUGAUAAUGACAUCCACAAUAUUGUUCUGUCAUAUCUUAUACAUAAUUGCUAUAAAGAAUCAGUGGAAUCAUUCAUUGCUUGCACUGGGACGAAGCAGCCCGUGGAUUAUUUGGAGGACAUGGACAAAAGGAAAAGAAUCUUUCACUUUGCACUAGAGGGUAAUGCACUCAAGGCAAUUGAGCUUACUGAACAGCUGGCACAGGAUAUUCUAGAGAACAAUAAGGAUUUGCAGUUUGAUCUACUAAGCCUUCAUUUUGUUGAACUUGUCUGCUCUAGGAAAUGCACAGAAGCUUUGGAGUUUGCUCAGACCAAGUUGAGCCCUUUCGGAAAGGAGCACAAAUAUAUGGAAAAGCUUGAACUGCCAAUGUUGCAGGACUUUAUGGCCCUUCUUGCUUAUAAGGAGCCAGAAAAAUCCCCAAUGUUUCAUCUCCUUAGCUUAGAGUAUCGGCAACAGGUUGCAGAUAGUUUGAAUCGAGCUAUUCUUGCACACUUGAGUCUUCCCAGUUACACAGCAAUGGAGAAGCUAAUACAGCAGGCUACGGUUGUAAGACAAUGCUUAAGUCAAGAAGCUGGCAAGGAUGGGCCUCCGCCAUUUUCCUUAAAGGAUUUUCUCAAAAGUUGAUGGAAACAGUAAAAGAUCGAAAGCCAAGUGGGGAAUGAAGCACAUUUACCUUAAGCCUUUCUUGUCACAUUGGAUUGGUGUAUGGUUUUGACAUAGGAGUAAAGUUUUUCUGAAUGCCUUUUCAUCUCUAAAUUCUUCGUUGCCAAGCUAUCUUGAUCAUUUUGGUCUUGCUGCACUUUUGUGAGGCAUGAGUAAUCCAUGAGUGACCAUGGCGAAAAAUGCAAUUACCGGAUUGAGAUGAUCCUUCAUGUCCAAGGCAAUUGACCUCAUUUGUGGCCUGAUGUCAACUGCCCUAAUUUCCCUAACUUAGGACAUUUUCAAUCUAUUACAAGGUUGGGCAGACAAAAUUAAGCAUCAUAAUUUCUCUUAAUUUUGAUUAUUUUCAAUCCAUUGUGAGGUUGAGCAGCCAAAACCAAGGAUAUAUAUUAUAUUGUUUUAAUAUUUGAUGUAAAAUUCAUCUGGCAUCUUUUGGUUACAUGUAUGUGGAUAUGAUAGGUAGAUUGAAGACUAUUUUAGUCUGUGUGACUUCUAUUUCUUUUGUCAGUUUGGAAGUAUCAGCGUUUUGGUAUAUAUCAAAACGUUGGGUGUGUAGAAAACGCAUAUCUGAAUUAAAUUUGUAGUUGUUUUUUUAUGAA